AUGUCGAUAAAAUCGAUAAUUAGAUUAAGCGAAGAUGUCAUAAACAGAAUUGCGGCUGGAGAGGUCAUCCAACGUCCAGCUAAUGCUGUCAAAGAAAUGCUUGAAAAUUGUUUAGAUGCUGGUUCAACAAAUGUUUCAAUAAUAUUACAAGAAGGUGGACUAAAGUACCUCCAAAUACAAGACAAUGGUUCUGGAAUACCGAAAGAAGAUAUGGAUAUAGUAUGCGAACGAUUCACCACGAGUAAAUUAAAAAAAUUUGAAGACCUUACAAACAUUUCAACCUACGGCUUCAGAGGUGAGGCCCUAGCCAGUAUAAGCCAUGUGGCCCACAUAACCAUCGUUUCCAAGACCUCUGAUUCUCUUUGUGCAUUUAAGGGUACAUAUUCAGAUGGCAAAUUAAAAGAGUCCUUAAAACCAUGUGCUGGUAACGUCGGCACUCAAAUUAUUGUGGAGGACCUAUUUUACAAUGUCCCAACCAGACGAUUGAUCCUAAAGAAUGCAACGGAAGAAUAUCAAAAAAUUGUUGAUGUCGUAACAAGAUAUGCCAUACACAAUCCAAAUGUUGGUUUUCUUGUAAAAAAGCAAAAUGAGACUAACCCAGAUUUGAAGACCCAGUCAGGCAGUAGUAGAUUGGAUAACAUAGCCCUACUCUUUGGAUCGUCCAUUGCUAAAGAGAUCUUAUCAUUUGAACAUGAAGAUAAGAAAUUGUCCUUCAAAUUAGCUGGAUGUGCAACAAAUGCCAACUACUCUUCUAAGAAAAGGGCCUUUAUCCUAUUCAUCAAUCAUCGCAGUGUUGAAUCAACAGAUCUACGCAAAGCAGUUGAGAGCGUUUACAAUGCUUAUCUACCUAAAGGAAGUUACCCAUUUGUUUACAUCAGUUUAGAAAUCAGCCCCCAGAACAUUGACGUAAACGUGCACCCAACCAAGAGUGAGGUCCAUUUCAUGUACGAAUCUGAAAUUUUCGACUGCGUUCAGAGGCAGUUGGAUUCGUGUUUGCUGGGCUCCAACACAUCUAGAACAUUCUACACGCAAACAAUGCUGCCAUUGAAAAUAAUCGAAGAAAAGCCAAAAAAUACGUCAUCGUCAUCAUCGUCGACCAUAGCAGACAAUGCAAGAAAGAACCAAAGAUCAUCAAUAGGUAACAGCUUAAACACCAGUGCUCAUUUGACCAUACGAACUGACCACAAAGCCAGAAAGAUAGACUCGUUUCUCGUCGGGAAAUUCAAUAAAGGCCAAAUUCUAAAUGGCAACGCUGAUGACGAUGAUGGUGGUGGUGAUAAUGAUGGUAAAGAUGGUGGUGGUGGUGGUGAUGAUGAUGAUGUCGGGGAUCGCCGAAUCGUUUCCGCUAUGGAGAUUGAUGUUACCGAAUUAUCUCCUUCAAAUUCUAUCAAUAAUAAUAAUAAUAAAAGCAACAACAAUAAUAAUAAUAAUGCGGCUAAGAAGAGAAACAUAAAAUUGACGAGCAUACUCCAGCUAAGAAAAGAAAUUGAAAGUAACAUACAUAGCGGAAUAAGAGAAAUAAUAAGAAACUCUACGUUUGUCGGCUGCGUUGAUUUGGAAUGGUGCCUAAUACAACACCAGACCAAACUGUAUCUCAUGAAUAUUAAUAAGAUGAGCAAAGAAUUUUUCUAUCAGAUUUUAAUUGAAGAUUUUGGUAACUUUGGUGUCAUCAAAUUGUCACAACCGGCAUCCAUCUACGAGUUAUCCAUAUUGGGAUUGGACGACGAGAGGAAUGGCUGGAGCAGGAAGGAUGGCUCGAAGGAUAACUUAUCCAAAUUUGUAGUUGAACUACUGUCAUCCAAGUCUGCCAUGCUUUGGGAUUAUUUAUCCAUCAAGAUUGAUGUUGAGAACGGUGACCUACUAUCUCUGCCUCUGAUAAUGGAUAACCUGACCCCUGACCUCGAUGACCUACAUACGUUCGUGUUGCGAUUGGCCACAGAGGUUAACUGGGACAAAGAGAAGCCAUGCUUCAAGACACUCUGUCGCGAAAUUAGCUCGUUUUAUGUCUUCAAAAACGAAAUUAAAUCCUCGAAUAAUGAUAAUAAUAAUAAGGUUGAUAGUAAUGAAAAUACGCGGUCUAUAAAUAGCAAUUCUAAAAACCCGGAGGUUAUUGAAAAUGGGAGCAGUGACGAUGCGCGCGUGGAAGAAAAAAAAUGGACGAUCGAGCACGUGAUUUAUCCCGCCCUUAAAAGUUUCUUCCUUCCGCCGAAAUCGUCUGCUGACGAUGGGAGUCUGUUGCAAGUGGCCAACCUACCCGACCUCUACAAAGUUUUUGAACGCUGCUGAGCCACAUUCGUUUUAUUUUAAUGUGACUAUUAUAUUUAUGGAGGUUAUUUUCUCUAUUUUAUUCAUUAUUGUUUAAACAUUUUUAAUUUAUUUUUCGCUGAAGUUAUGAAAAUACAAUUUUAAACGAGUAAGAGAUUUCUGUUAAGCGUUCGUGGACUGCCUCGGGUCUGGACGCAAAUUCGUUCUAACACGUCUCGAUGAUCAGUUUGAGAUGGUUGUACAUUUACAAUGUGUUGUGUUCAUUUUUUUCAAAUAAUAAAAGUGGGUAGAAUUUAUUUGAUGGUUUUGUAUGUUCUCUACUGACAAUUAACUUUCGUAUCCUCACAACGUCCAUUCAAUUCUUCAUAAUCUGCUUCUAUAUACACACGCCUCCACAGUAAAACAUUCUGCCUCAUCUUUGACGAACCCUCUGUUAUCGACCUCGCUAGUAAUAUCACGUGAAUUUUCGUUGUUGAAAAAAUUGUCCUGUGGUGGCGUCAUUGUUAUAUCUAUACCGUUAAUAAUUAUCGCUGACUUGGUUUGUUUUAGAUUAGUUAGAUAUUCGUCGGAUUGUGACUUUGACUCGAUAUCGUCGUCAGCUUGAACCUCAACUCGUUGAACGAGGUCGUUUAAUUGGUACCUUCCCGAUCUGUGCUCCUCCAGAGCCGGCCCCCACUUGUCGC